GCAGUUUGUUGUCAUGGUGAGAGAUCAACUUCCUGUACACGGGCAAUCGGGGAAAUACUUCUUGUGAUGUGGGCUGACCAGGAAGAAAGAAAACUACGUUCAAAUGUUCUCAGCAAGACCCGUAAAGAAUUACUGCAGGGCUUGGAAAAAGCCCACAAAGCAGACAUCCUGGCUUAUAGCUCAGGACACCUCAACCAUGACAACCUGUGUAAACUGCCAGUCCAAAAGGCUAAUGGACCUAUCUGGGAGAGCUCAAAGACUCCAGACCUGAAAAAAACGCUAUCUCCCCGCAGACUGAAGACAUCAGAAGCUUCUGUCAGGAGAAUGAAAGAUGCUUUGAUGGAUUUCACUGUAAAAACUGCUUCAGUAGCCGACCGGUGGAGAGCACAGACCCCGAGGUCUGAAGAACCUUGUCUGUCUGCUGCAGCCAGCGCAAGCCAUCUGCAAGUGGACAGCAAGGACAAACUGAGAGGCUCUUUGGAUCCUGCUGAACUUUUAUUGUUUAAACCCCCGGGCAUGAGAAGCGAUGGGACACGCAGUGCGCAAAACCCUGAUUGUUAUCAGCUCACACAGUCGCACCACGCAGGGCUGACUAAGAAGGAGCAGUUUAGGCUGAUGCAAGAAUUGGAAAAGGUGGUUCUGAAGAAACAAGACAUGAAGGAAAGACACGUGUUGAGUGGCCACAAAGCUGCAGAGCACCUCGCAAGGAAAUUGGAUCGGGAACUGAAGAAAUUGUCUUCCACGGACGGGCCCAGUUAUUCACACCUGAAGGUGUUUAGUGACAUUUUUUCUGACGUGUGCAAUGGGUCACAGGUCUUUGGGGAACUUUUGAAGGAAAUUAAGAUGGAAUAUGACUUCUAUUUAAAUUCCCUCCUUGAAUCCCAGCCUGCACUUCAGCUCAUGCCCCUGGUGGAAGAAAUCCAAAGGACACAGAGCCAGUUUGUGAUGACACAGGAUGUAGAGCUGGCCACAGAGGAAGUCCUCCGGCUGGGAGAAACAGCUAAGAGAGCACUGGAGGAAAAUGAGCAACUGAGGAAUGAGUUGCAGAUUGAAGUAUCAAAACCCGGAAGCCUUGACGAAAAUGAAAUCCACAAGGAUAAUGUGCAGACAAUGAAACACAAAGAGAUCACUCUUUGCACACUGGACCAUAUUCAGCACAUGAGGUACCAGGUGUGGGCAGCUUGGGAAGAGGUUCGGGAGCUGGAGAGAGAAAUCAAAGAAAAAAUGGUUUCAACCAUCACUACUGGCACAACUGAAAGAUGUAUCAGAGACUCAAAGGCUGAAGUAAUGAAAUUGUUAACCUCCAAUGAACAUCUACAACAAGCAACAAAAGAUCUGGAAAAUGGCACAUCUAAAGUACUUGGCAGGAUGAAGGUUCCUGAUGAAGUGCAAAAGGAUCUUUGGAACAAGAUCAAGACUGCCUUGAAAGAAAAUGAUGGACUCAAUUCUCAAUAAAGUAGUGUGCUGCAA